AUGAGCCCACACAUCAUUGCUACCGUAACUUUGGACGACAACGAGAAUUGUUCGCCCGACAUGGAAUCGCCAAAACCAAAAGGACGCAUUUUGUAUUGUCGAAAAUGCGAAGGCCACGGGGAAAAAGUGAUUUUGAAAAAUCACUCGCCACAGUGUCCAUACAUUUUGUGCAAUUGUAAAUCGUGUGAAAAGUUGAACUACAAAAGAUUGAAGUCUUUUAACAAAAGAAAUAAGGAGAAGAUUGAAUUGGCGGCUGCGUUGAAUGCAAAACGACAUGCGAAUGAAAGUAGUUCAAGUAUUGAUGACGAUGAAGGUAAGCAUUUUUGUAAUUUGUUAUUAAAGGGGGAGACGGGACGGAUACUGUAGAUUUUGUUUGUUACUUGUUUCUGACUGGAUAUUCUAGAUCUCCUUCUGUAGAUCAUUCCAUGUGGGUUUGGAAAUACUGUAAAUUUACAGCGUUUCGCAAAAAGGUAGCUUUUUGUAGGCAUUAAAAAUCCUUUUCAUUUUUUCUAGACAUGCAAUUAUAUUAUGUUUGCCUUGGAGUACUGUAGAUAAUUUGUUUUUGUUUAUUCCAUAGAUUUUUAAAAGUUCCCACAUCAAUUAGAACUGUAUUUUCAAAAAAUGUUUUGUUGUUAUUUAUUUACUUUCUUUGUCAACGAAAUUUUGUUUUCUUCUCCGAAAAAUUUCAUUCUUCGCUGAUUCUAUUUCUCUUUCUUUAUCAAUAAGUUACAGUAAUAGUCCCGUAGAUCAAUAUUUUCUACCGUAUUCCUCCAACUCCCUCAACUAAAAAACCCAAAUUCCAUCCAAUUUUCUCUUUUUUUUUUCAUUUCUCUUUUUUUCAACCAGUCAACCAAUCAACUUUUAAAGGUCGAAAACAUUUGUUUUAUCAAAGUUCACAUUGUCUCUCUUUUCUACUUUUUUUCAAUCCCCUCCAAAAAAAAAACAACGUCCCCAUAUUUUGAGAGAAAAACGAUUUCUGAUUUUUCUCCUCUCCCCAAAAAUAUUUUGUGUGUGAGUGUGUGUUGUUUUUCGAUGUGCAGAGUGCAAGAGGAGGUUGUUUUCGCAAAAAGUUCUCUGAGCCUUGCAGAAUUUUAUUCAUUCCUAAUUUUAUUUUGGAUUAGAUUCGAUCAGAAUAUUUUCAAAGAUCUCUACUUGAUAUAUUUUAUGCCAAUUAAUUUCCGUUUAUCUGAAAUAAUAAUUCUCAUAGAUCAUAAAAAGCCUAGACAGGUUCUGAUCUCAAAAAUACAAAGAACAUAGCUCCAAUGCACUUAAGCCUCUAAAAUAGCGCUAGCUCCAAAACCUCCAAGCUUGAUAGACUCAUGAUAUCUUCUCCAAGUAGUCAAACUCCCAUCAUCCCGUUCCUACAGUAAUCCUAGUAUAUUUGCAAAAAUAGUUGCCCUUAGUGUUUUCGUGCUUUCGAGUUGUUUUUAGUGCAUUUUUUGUCCGUCUUUUCUCCCAUCUCUGCCUGCCUGCCUAUUGCAUUUUUGGUCUUCCUGAUUUCAGCGCACUUUUCGUACACCCCUCUUUCUCUUUCUCUCCCCUUUCAGUUCUCCAGUUCUCAUUUCAUUUCAUUCCAUUCCAUUUUCCACCUGGCAGUCAGCCGUUCUAAUAUAUAUUUUUAUAUCUAUAAAUAGUUACAGGAUUCUCACGACGCUCUUCAUUCUCGUGCUCAAAAACUUCAUCACCAGACAUGGAGCAACAGCAACAACAACAACAACAAUCUUCUGCGAAUAAUCAAGUCACAACAGCAGCCCAAAAUUCUGAUCUUGUCUCGACCACCACUGGAAACAAUGUAAGUCGUCAAUAGCAACCAAAAUCUGCUUAUCAUCCUCAUUUUUCUCAUUUCCUGCUUCUUUUUCACAAGAAAUAUCAUUUUUUGAUCUUUGUACAAGCUCGGCAGAGUCUAGUCUUCAGUAGAAGUUAGAGUCUCCUGCUCUUGUAUAUUUUAAGGCUAUGAGUAGAUUGCAAAAUUUCAUCACAUUUUCUCAAUUUUCAGAAAAUGUUCAGUUAGCCCAACUACUUAUCCAAUCCUUUAUUUUCUAGAACCCUGGACUCGAAGGUCGAAGCAUGUCACUGGGUGCAAUGACAGUUAUGUCCUAUGACAUCUGGAAGGCAAAAAUGGCCGCAGAGCAGAAGCGAAAGGACGAAGAACGCGCCAAGAACAUCAACAUUGACGAGGAAAUUGAAGUCGUUGAACGAAAAUCGUUGUCGCCGGCGCCGAUUCGCAAGCGAGCACACACAUUUGUCGCACAAACAGUAGUGAGUUAUCGUAACCCGUAGGAUGAGUCAAAAAAAUAUUUAUGACGAUGCAAAAGUUCAAACCUUCCUCUUUCUUUAUACAAAAAAAGCAACUCCUAAUUUCAGACAAAGCGAACCGAGGACAUCCCAGCAAUCGCAACAAAAAAGCUAUCAGUCGAUGAAAAAUCGAAGGGAAAAUACAUUCUCCUCCCAACAAUCCCAGCAAUGCGUAUCUUUGUCAACGAGGAGGAAGAAGUGGAAAAGCCAACCCCAGAAAUUCUACCUUCCACCUCAAGACCAUUCCAACUUCCAAAACCAACAAUUUUGCCGCCACCACCAGCAGCACAAAUGCAGCAACAAAUCACACCGCCGCAACCAAUUAUCACUUCUCCAUUCAAACCAGUUAUCCCAACAACCAUGUCAACUGAACAAAUUAUCAGCUCGCUGACACUUCAUAACACUGUCCUUCAACAACAACAACAAAACAAUCAAAUAAUGCAAGAUCUUUUGCACAAUCUAUCAAGUCCUUCAAGCAUCCCAUCAAUUGAAGUUCUUUCAAUGCUUCGCCUUCAACAACAAGCUGCUGCUUUGGCUGCCGCUUUGACCCAAGUCCCACAAAUUCAGCAUCAACCACAACAUCAACAGAUGAACCUGACAACAUCUCCAUUGCUCCCCAAACCAAUUCCAACUACAGCAAAUCUUCUAAACACAUUCCUCCAAACUCCAGCCGCAUUGUACACUAAUUCUGUUUAA